CCUUUCCACUGGUUCCACCGAAGCUGCCCGUCUCGCUGCUAGAUGCCUGUCAGGCAGGCAGAGAGGAAGCAGCCCGUGUUGCGCAGCACAUCUGAGGAUGAUUCAUGAGUAAGAGACAGAGCUCGGUGCAGAUCAGGCAGCUGUUCGGACCAGCACUCAGAUCCAGGAUCAGCCCAGCCUCCUCAGAGCUGGAGACCCUCUCCCCACCUCGCCUCUCGCCCCGUGACCCCCUCGGUGACAUGUACCCUGAAGAGAGCCGGGGUUCUGGAGGGGUGGCUGCUGUGGACUUUUUGGAAGGGACGUACGACUAUGCCGCCCCCAACCCUGCCACGACUCCCCUUUACAGCCAGUCCAGCACCGGCUACUACUCUGCUCCCCUGGAAACAAACGGACCCCCCUCAGAAGGCAGUCUGCAGUCCCUGGGCAGUGGGCCGACGAGCCCUCUGGUGUUUGUGCCCUCCAGCCCCAGACUCAGUCCCUUUAUGCAUCCACCCAGCCACCACUAUCUGGAAACCACUUCCACGCCCGUUUACAGAUCCAGCCACCAGGGAGCCUCCAGGGAGGACCAGUGCGGCUCCCGGGAGGACACGUGCAGCCUGGGGGAGUUAGGCGCCGGAGCCGGGGCUGGGGGGUUUGAGAUGGCCAAAGACACGCGUUUCUGCGCCGUGUGCAGCGACUACGCCUCUGGGUACCACUAUGGGGUGUGGUCUUGUGAGGGCUGCAAGGCCUUCUUCAAGAGGAGCAUCCAGGGUCACAAUGACUAUAUGUGCCCAGCGACCAAUCAGUGCACUAUUGACAGAAAUCGGAGGAAGAGCUGCCAGGCUUGUCGUCUUAGGAAGUGUUACGAAGUGGGAAUGAUGAAAGGCGGUGUGCGCAAGGACCGCAUUCGCAUUUUACGGCGUGACAAACGGCGGACAGGCGUUGGUGAUGGAGACAAGGUUGUAAAGGGUCAGGAGCAUAAAACGGUGCAUUAUGAUGGAAGGAAACGCAGCAGCACAGGAGGAGGAGGAGGAGGAGGAGGAGGAAGACUGUCUGUGACCAGCAUACCUCCUGAGCAGGUGCUGCUCCUCCUUCAGGGCGCCGAGCCCCCGAUACUCUGCUCGCGUCAGAAGUUGAGCCGACCGUACACCGAGGUCACCAUGAUGACCCUGCUCACCAGCAUGGCAGACAAGGAGCUGGUCCACAUGAUCGCCUGGGCCAAGAAGCUCCCAGGUUUUCUGCAGCUGUCCCUGCACGAUCAGGUGCUGCUGCUGGAGAGCUCGUGGCUGGAGGUGCUCAUGAUCGGCCUCAUUUGGAGGUCCAUCCACUGUCCCGGGAAGCUCAUCUUUGCACAAGACCUCAUCCUGGACAGGAAUGAGGGAGACUGCGUGGAAGGCAUGACGGAGAUCUUCGACAUGCUGCUGGCCACUGCUUCCCGCUUCCGUGUGCUCAAACUCAAACCUGAGGAAUUCGUCUGCCUCAAAGCUAUUAUUUUACUCAACUCCGGUGCUUUUUCUUUCUGCACCGGCACCAUGGAGCCACUUCACAACAGCGCGGCGGUUCAGAGCAUGCUGGACACCAUCACAGACGCACUCAUUCAUUACAUCAGUCAGUCGGGUUACUUGGCCCAGGAGCAGGCGAGACGGCAGGCCCAGCUGCUCCUGCUGCUCUCCCACAUCAGGCACAUGAGCAACAAAGGCAUGGAGCACCUCUACAGCAUGAAGUGCAAGAACAAAGUCCCUCUUUAUGACCUCCUACUGGAGAUGCUCGAUGCCCACCGCCUGCACCACCCCGUCAGAGCACCCCAGUCCUUGUCCCAAGUCGACAGAGACCCUCCCUCCACCAGCAGCGGCGGGGGUGGAAUCGCUCCCGGUUCUAUAUCAGCAUCUCGAGGCAGAAUCGAGAGUCCGAGCAGAGGCCCCUUUGCUCCCAGUGUCCUUCAGUAUGGAGGGUCGCGUCCUGACUGCACCCCGGCCCUUCAAGACUGAGCACACAGUCCAAGGCCCUUUUUUUGUGGCUCAAGGGUUCAGGUUGGGACAAGGUGAUGCUUGAUUUAAUUUUAAGAAUUAUUUAUAAAUAAGAGUGGCGCUGAGAGGAGAAGCUCCCACAAUGAACUGCCUCUGCUUGGUCCAGCUUUUGUGCAGUCACUUUAAUCUGCUUAUAUUCAUCUCCUUUGUAAACCUGAGCGUCUCUUUAGCAGCUUUUUUUUGCUCUCCAAACAGCAUGUGGUAGAUUGUAAGGUUGCGUCCCAUGAGUUCUGGUGAUUUCAAGAAAAUGAGCAGCUAAUGUUUUCUGUAACCGUCUUGACCCAAGUGCACUUCCUCUUGGAUUAAAGGGGCUAAUGGGCAUUAUUUUGUCUCUUGUACAUAUGGGAUGGCUAAGAAUAAUGAGAGUAAUUGUCAGAUUUUGUGUAGAACUUACCCACAAAUGCAAUUUUAAAAUAAGAUUUAAAAACAAAAGAGGCAAGAUCAAACCUGAGAGCACUGAAGACACGCUGUAGAAAGCUGGGUAAAUUUGUUAUCCACGUCUAUCUCUGGAAAGGACUUUGUUCUCUGUGCCUGCAGCUCAUUUACUCUGAACUUGCUACUUGUUGAACAUUUGUGCACUUGUCCGUGUUUUUCUAGCACUGUAGCUUAUGAACGCUGAGAAAGAAUCUAAUGCUUUGAUGCACAGAUUUGCCUUGUAUUGUACAUCUCAGCCACAAACGUACUUUUCGUCCACAAGUUGACUGACUGCACCUUGAUUAAAUUGUCUAAAAGUUCAUUUAAAUGUUGAAUUCUGUGAAAAUUAAAAAGGCAAUUCCUGUUUCUAUUUCA